CUCUUUCUCUCUCUCUCCGACGCUCAGUGACUUCAGAAAUCCUGUGAAUCGUUCGAAUCUGCGUGUUUUAGUGCAACUUUCAGUUCAAAAAUAAACAGAAGUGACCUGACAGGUAUCAGUUUGAAGAAAAGUUUUCUUUCUCUGUGAAGUGUGUGAAAUUGGGUGUAAAUGGCUCCCAAGCGCGUGAAGAGCGAGCUGACCGGAAGUGGCGCUGCGGGGAAACAGUGGGACACGGCUCUGAGCUCUGCUGUCCUGCAGGAGGAGUGUUGGCGUGUGUGUGUGUCUCUGGUGGUGUGUGACAGUGUGUAUGAUGAGGUGUGUAUGAGAGCUCUGGGUCAUGCCGUACAGCAGCCUCUCCGCCGCCUCUUCACCCUGCUGUCCCGGGAGAACCUGCUGCAGAAGGUUCAUGAUCUUGGGAACCCAAAGACCAGGAAGAUCAAAGAGCUGCCUGCAUUUUAUGAGGUGACAGAGGUGGCGAGGUCAGUGUUGGACUCAGGAGAUGAGUUUCCUGUUGACUUACUGGCCAAAUUAGUGAAGUUUCAACUGCUGGACAUCAAGAACACUGACAUACAGAGAGGAGCUGCAGUACAGAGAACAGCAGGUUCAGUGUCUCCUGUUAGAGAAAAAAGUGCUAAAAACUCAGCUAAAGGAGAAAAAGGUAAAAAAGCAUCAGAAGCUCCGCCUCCUCGAAGAGAAACCAAACUGAAACGUAGAGGUGACGACAACACCAGCAGCUACAUCGACGAUGAACCAGACGAUGGCCCACAGCACUACGUCCUUAUGACGGGUUUCCAUCAGCCGAGUCUGAUCUCUGCGUUAGACUCCGUCGGUGUUCAUGUCUCCAACAUCAUCAGACUGAAAUCAGACAGGAGUCAGACCUCACUCGUGCCUCGGGAAGGAGAAAGGCCCGACAUGUCCGAGGAACAUGUACUCCUGACUGGUGUGUCGGAUCUUCAGCAGGAGCUCAGUGUGUUCUGGGAUCAGCUGGAUGGAGUCCUGAGCAGUGCCGGCUUCCUGUCCCCUCUGUCCGACAUUGCGCGACUGGACUACAGAGUGGACUUAACCAAAGCUGAGGAAAUGCAGGAAGUGGGUGUGGCUGUGUUUGAGGGUGUGGCCGGUUUGCUGUAUGACAGUUUGGAUUGGAGGAAGCAGCAUAAGCACUACCUGAGCAGAAUGAGACUGAUCAACAUCCCAAACACACACACACCUGAACACAGCGUUCCACCUGAUACACCUGCUGAGGCUGUAACAGUGCUGAAGAGAGCAGAGGGAAGUCCAACUCCAGCUCCAGGUCCAGGUCCAGCUCCAGAGUGUGUGGACGUGGAUCUGAGGCUGUACUCUGAUCUCCUGGACAGAAUUCCACUGCAGUGUGUCGGGGUUCCUCUGGUUCUGCACUGCCUGAUACAGCAGGUGGUUUCAUCAGAACAGGAAGUGUGCAGUGGACUGGCAGAGUCGAACUCAGGAUCAGACCCGGAGCGUGAUUUAAUUAGCUACAUGAUGCGGUCACUGAGCGGUCUACCAGCAGGAGAGCAGGACAACAGGGAGCUGAUGGAGUAUUUUGGCCUUAAUCAGGAAGAUCAAAGUGAAGAGAUAAACCCCACCCUGUUGCAUCAUCACGAUGAGAUAUCACAGAGACUCCACCACAUACCUGUGUUGGACAGGUUGGAUGCAGUGAGUGUUGAGGUGUGUAUGAUCAAGAGUUCUGUGUUAAACACUCUGAUGUCUAAACACCUCGACACCAACAGCCUCAAUACAGCCAGGAGACACGAACUACUGCACUACUGUUCCAUAGACUCUCUGAGGUCUGCUGAUGUUCAGCGGCUCCUCCAGAUGUGUGUGUUUGAGAGCAUGCCCCUGACUGCAGUAGAUGAGAGUGGAGCACACACACUCGCAGCGUCACACACUCCAUUACCGUGGGAUGACCCCGUGACCUUCACACACACCGUCCACUGCAGCCUCAACACCACACCUGAGAGUCGAGCUGUGUGUGAAGAGCCGCAGGAGAAUAAAUUCAGUGUAGAAGACUUACAGAAGACAUUGCUUCGACUCUUCAGACACUGGAACUUCACCGAACACCACAGUGCUGACGUCUUUCCUCAGGUUUUCCAGACGGUGUCCGAGUCGUACAGAUGUGUGGAUUCAUUUCACAGCACUCAGUCCAAUGUCACCUACAUCAUCUGCCACAGUCCUAUGAGUCCUGAGAGGAGCAGCAGAGGAUCAUGGGAAGUGUCUCUACACACUGAUGUGAGGUUCAGGAGCUACCUGGAGAACGUAGCAGAGUCCAUCAGAGACUGGAGCAGAGCAGAGGAGGAGAGACUGCAACAACAACAAGAAGAGACAGAGGAAAUCGAUACAACAACAAAAGGAGUGUCAGUGGUGCAGUCAGAGGUGUUUAUACGACACGACUCUCUGAAAGCAUGGAAGCUGGAGCAGGAACAGAAGGAUGAAGAUGUGAUGAGGAAGAUGAAGAAGGAGAAAGGAGGGAAGUCUUCAGCUAAAGGAGGAGAGAGGGCGGAGUCGACCCGAGAGAGCAGGAGGAGCCAAGAGGAUGGGUGUCUCACACCUCCUACAGAGCACGAGAACCCCAGGAACCCAAAGAAGGAGAGGACCCACACUCACACACACACAGAGGACCAACCUGUGUUUACAGGUUACAGGAUGGACGGCAGGCUGGUGCAGGUGAGAGGAGAGAGUCAGUGUGUUUAUCCAUCAGACGGAGGACAGAUCAGUGUGGAGAGAGUUCACUAUGUUCAAGGCUCCACACGGUUGAAAGUAUGUGUGAGAAAAAAUGACCACUGUUUCUACACACACCUCAUAGAACCGGAGAGACAGAACCCACAUGAUCAGCGGCAGAAAAUUGGCAGUUUUUACUCUGUGCUGAGUAACGGACUCACACUCGCCUACAGUAACACACAUCAGGACGGUGAUGAUGUUUCUCCUCUUCAGCUCCAUGUUUCUCUUCCCACUGGUCUUCAGAUCCACUUCAGCUUCCAACACACAGCACAUGGUCAGGGUGUGUUGGUCCAUCAGUCUCUCCCCUACUCAGGAUCCAAAUUUCCUGCAACACACACAGAGUUAUCACGUACCAUCACAUGUGACGGAGCUGUGAUCAAACACAUGAGGGAUGGAUCUACUGUGGUGCUGUUUGCUGAUGGUACAGUGAGUGUGAGUCCAGUGUGUGUCUCCACCGGUGUAGUAAAGGAUGAGGACACAUCAACACACACACAGAGCAGGGACACAAAGGUUAAACCCAGCUCAGGUGUUGGAGUAGAAGGGGUGGAGCCAACAUUAAAGGUGGAGCUUAAAGAGCAGGUAGAGCUGGCAGGUGCUUCAUGGUGCACCACAACUCCAUCAGGAGUGAGGAUCAGGACCAUCAGAGGUGAACAGGUGGAGGAGAAACCUGUCCUGAACUUCUACAGCACAGACCCACAAACACACAGUGUGGUGGUGACGAGAGAUGAUGGUGUGCUGUGUCUCCUGGAGAAGCACAGAGUGGUAGUGGAUCACGCUGAUGGAACCAGAAUGAUCUCCGACCAGCAGAGGGAGACACUGAGCCAGCAGCUCUCAGGAAGCAGUGAUGGAGGGAGAGCAAGCAGCGUGAAGGUGGAGAAGAGUGGAUUCGCUCCAGUCAUGGUGAAGUGUGAGGAGAAAAGUGCCAAGGUUCUCUUUAGAGACGGAACCACCAUCAGCGCUACUGCUCACGGGUCAUACAGGGUGUGUUUGUCAGAUGGAAGCUGUCUGUGUCUCUCUGAGGAUGGUGUAGCAGUGUACAGCAUUACAGGACCUGAAGGAGACCAGCGUGGACGUUACACCAUGAGUCACUCUGGGGGUUUUGUGUGUGAGCUCACUGACUCAGAGGGAAACCACUACCAGGUCACAGCAGAGGGAGGAGUCUCCAUCUCACACACUGACACGGAGAGUAAGGCACAACACAACACUGAUCUUGAUACACACACACCUCGGUUGUUUAUGGUGUAUGCUGAUGGCUCUGCUCUGGAGUUCCUCUCCUCUCAGACUGUAGAUAAGAUUCUGCAGAAGGAGAAGAAAGAUCCCACAGUCGCUGUGGUCAGAGACCCCAUACCACACACACACGAGGCAUUUGCAAUCACAAUCCUGAAACCCUUCUCUGACCUGAGCUCCUAUUGGCUCUCACCCAAACACCUGGAUGACAUCAUCCCCGCCAACCUCAAAUCCAGGAAGUGGGACACGUUCCCCACCUCUGAGGUGAAAACCUCCAGUUCUCCCUUCGGUGUGUCUCUGGGUCGAGGUUUAGAGCUGAAGGAGAGAACCACGCUGAGUUCUGAUCCGACUUCUCCAGUUUUACAGAACCCCAACACACUGCUGAUCCGCCGCAUCACUGAACACACACCAUUCACACAACAACAUUACAAAGACCUGCAGCACAAACUGCUGUCGUACAUAAAUCAGCUCCUGCAGAGAGAGAAGCUGAGCGAUGAGAUGAAGCUGAAGGAUCCUCAAGCAGCAGAGCAGAAACGUCAUCGCUCUGACCUUCUCCAGAUUCGGUCAGACUCAACACCAGGUUCAACACCUCAGUCCAUGCUCUCUCUGUACUCUCAGGCUGUAGGUGUUUCUCACACGGUUUUGUCUAAUCAGCACGGUGACCAACAAGUGACACACAGUAAACAGAAGCGGAUGUCUGGAUGGAGGAACAGAAUCCACCAACACAGGUUAGAUCUUCAGGAGGAAGUGAGACAUCGCUAUGCUCUGAGAAACCACAUCAUUACAUCGUAUUUCCAUCCCGAGCUUCAGGAGAUCCAGCAGAUCUGAUAAUGAGCGAGCUCACCAUGAUAAAAUCUAAACCAGACGAGUGUGAAAUGUGCUGAAGAGCUUCAGGAGUUCAUGUUCAUUCACAGGAGCUGAAGUCCACAUCUCUCUCGCAGACCCUUCCCUCGUUCCCUGAACGGAGAAAUUCCGGACUGCAGAAGUUCUCCAGCUCUUACUGGUGCUGACGAUCUGCAGUUUUAUCCACAGAACAUUCAGAGCAGAUGAUCAUUAAACAAGUGGCAAGCUUGACUUAAGAGACUUCAUCUUCUAAAGUUUAUGAAACAUCCUGACACUCAGGUGACGUUAGUUAAAGAAGUUUAGGAUUAUUUUAAAGUAGUUUAAGCGACAGUCCACAUGUAUUAGCUAAAUGUUUGAUGUAAAAGCUAUUAUUCAGCUAGCUAACCUUCACCAAGUAUCUUUUUUCUCAUCAUCAUUCAUCAAAAAAUGGACCAAAAGAUUGUUUCCUCAGGUAAGAAGGUCACAUGAUGAGAGUCUGUGCUCUGAUUGGUUAAACACAAUAACUGGACCACUAGAGGGUGCAGCUGAGCUGAGGAACAGGAAUAUAGCUGCUGCUUUGGUUGUUCAUACUGUAGGUGUGUGUGAUAUAAUUCUGUUGUGUUUACAAACUAAUAAAAAUCUUUAUUAGAUUAA